GAAGCGUUCAGGGAAGCAUCCAGUAUGGCUGUUUCUUUGCCAGGGAAGGGACUUCCAGAAGAGCCGAAGCCAGGUGACAGACCGCAAUGGGACAACAAAUUUCAGUACCUUCUGAGCUGCAUUGGUUUUGCAGUUGGGCUGGGUAAUGUGUGGAGAUUUCCAUACUUGUGCCAAACGUACGGUGGAGGGGCAUUCCUGAUCCCGUAUUUCAUCGCGCUCAUCUUUGAGGGGAUUCCACUGUUCCAUUUAGAACUUGCCAUCGGACAACGCCUGAGGAGAGGCAGCCUUGGCGUCUGGAAGACCAUUUCACCCUACCUGGGCGGAGUAGGAAUUGGCUCCGUGAUUGCAUCUUUCCUGGUGAGCUCGUAUUAUAAUACCAUUUUGAUGUGGGUGAUGUGGUAUUUCCUGAAUUCUUUCCAGGCUCCUCUACCCUGGGGCUCCUGUCCCCUCAAUGACAACAGAACAGGGCCCAUUGAUGAAUGCCAAGACAGCACUGCUGUGAAUUAUUUCUGGUACAGGAGAACGUUGAACAUAAGCCCUGAUAUCCGUGAGAGUGGCACUCUCCAGGGGCAGCUGGUCAUAUGCUCUGCCUUGUGCUGGAUAAUUGUAUACAUCUGUACCAUAAGAGGAAUUGAGUCCACAGGAAAGGCAAUUUAUUUCACCGCCCUAUUUCCCUAUCUGGUCCUGACCAUCUUCCUCAUUCGAGGACUCACCCUGCCGGGAGCUACCGAAGGACUGAUUUACCUUUUCACCCCUAAUAUGCAGAUUCUUCAGAACCCUCGAGUGUGGCUAGAUGCUGCUACUCAGAUCUUUUUCUCACUCUCAUUGGCUUCCGGGGGCUUCAUUGCAUUUUCCAGUUACAAUCAACCCAAGAAUGACUGCGAAAAAGAUGCUGUAAUCAUAACUCUAAUCAACAGCAUGACAUCCCUCUACGCCUCCAUCGCAGUGUUCUCUGUCCUGGGCUUCAAGGCGACUAGUGGCUACUGGGAUUGUGUGGACAGAAACAUCAUAAGCAUCACCAAUGAGUUCGACUUCCCUGAACAUAGUAUCCAGAGACACAACUAUUUGGAUCUCCUCGGACACCUGAACUCAACCCAGCCAGGCCGACUCACUGGUCUCAGACUGAGAAGCUGCAGGUUACAGGAUUUCCUUGACCAGAGCGCAUCGGGCCCUGGCCUGGCUUUCAUCGUCUUCACGGAGGCAAUUAACCGCAUGCCCGGCUCCCCGGCCUGGGCUCUUCUGUUCUUCGGCAUGCUGUUCUCUCUGGGGCUCUCGUCGAUGUUUGGGAACAUAGAAGGGGUCCUGACUCCCCUCCUCGACACUCGCUUUCUGUCCAGAUCCAUCCCCAAGGAGGUUCUAUCCGGCGUCAUCUGUCUGGCCUGCUUCCUCAUAGCUCUCUGUUUCACUCUGCAAUCUGGGAGCUACUGGCUUGAGAUUUUUGAUAAGUACGGCGCCUCCUUGUCCCUGUUAGUCCUGGCUUUCUUUGAGUUCAUUGGAAUCGCUUAUGUCUACGGAAUGAAGAGGUUCGGCGAUGACUUGGAGUGGAUGACAGGGCGGAGACCUAACCUCUACUGGCAAGUGGCGUGGAAAUUUGUCAGUCCUCUGCUGAUGCUCAUCAUCUUUUUGGCCUUCCUCGCCCUCCAGACCCAGAAACAGCCCAGUUACGGUGCCUGGAACCCACACUAUGAGAAUUUUCCCACCAAGCAAGAGAAGAUGUACCCUGGGUGGGUACAGGCUAUCUGCGUGUUACUACCGCUCUGUGCUUGUAUCAGCAUUCCCUCCGUCGCCCUCUACCACCUGAUCAACAGGUGGAAAGGAAAGAAACAGACUUCCAGGCCAAACCCUUAUGAGAACCGUUCUUAUGACACUGUAGGGGACUGCGGGAGUGAAUAAGGAAACCGGGGCUGUGGCGGGAGGAGGAAAUUGUAGGAACUAAACGGGGUGCAUUUGAAUCUUAUGCGUUACUCUUUAAGAGAAGCAGCGUGGCUCAGCAGAAAGAGCACGGGCUUUGG